GCAUAAAUGCCGUGUUUUUGUCCCAGUGGAGUCAGCGUGGAAUUCCCCCUUAUCCCAGCUUUAACACCAACUCCGCAUGCACAUCACCAGGGCCCAGAUUCCCAAACCAAUAUUAAGCUAAACCCAAACUAAAAUCACUUUGCUAUGAUGAUUUACUAUUGGGACUGUAGAUUAGUUCAAGACUAGACUUAAUCAAGCCCAGAAAACCAGCCCCGUAAGAACUAACUAAGCACAGGUCACUUCACUGUUAGCACGCAGCUUUAAUUCAGCCCAGUGUUCAGUGUAACAUGUUUCAAUUCUUCUUUAGUUUCUUCUCUACUGCUGUUACUGGUGGACUCACUGGUAGAAGCCGUGGAGUCCUGCACGGGUCUGGUCUCACUGUAUCCACAUGUGAUGUUUUAUGUCCUUGGUACCGGAUAAAAAUGCAUGUUACGUGUGUGUUAUACAGGUUACACGUGUGUUACACAUGUAUUACAUUAACAUAUGAAGCCUGUAUAUUAAUCCAUGUAAACACAGUAAGGCUUAAAGGCUAAGCACCAGCUGAUAUGAGUGUCACACACAUGAAUACAGUGAAAACUGAGUUUCUAACUUGUGAUUAUGAAUAGUAAGUAAUACAGCUUAAAAAAAUGUAGUUUUGCCUCUCCGGCUGUCAUAAGCGUCAUCCGUCUGACAUAGAUAGUGGACAACAACUCAAGAAGUUUAACUGUAGGUGACACAGAAUGACAGAGAUGUGUUGUCUUUGGCUGCAGUAAUUCAAUGUACAGUGGGACCCCCGAGUUCAAAUAGCCCAAAGAUCCCAAAAUAUCCAAAAAAUGGACACAAUAUGUCAGCAUUAAAAGGGCACAUUGCAAAAGACCAUCAGCUUCUCCGCUACACGAUGGGUUAUUCAAAAACACAUAUUGGACCACUAAAGCAACUGCCUUCACUGGCUGAGCUAAGACUGGUUAUUAGCUAAAUGGAGCACUGCUAAGCUAACUAGUUAAAUAGCUAGAACAUGACAAGCUAGUAAAAUGAGAAAUAUAACCAGUAGCUGACUAGCUAAUUGAACGCCCCUGCUAUAAAUACUUGCUAAUAAAAGAUUACUUUUAGUAAUAGUUUUUACUUUUAGGAUCAGUUUUCAGUAUAAUGGCUCACAUAAAAGCGUUUUACCAGUCUGAAUUCCCAGUUCUGACUGGGUCAGGCUGCUGUCUGGUGCAGCUUCUUCCAUCUCGGGCUCCAAUCUAAAUGAUUGACUUUCACUGGUAUGAUACAGUGUCACCCCCACUGUAACUGCAGGCUCAUCAUCUUCAUCAAAUUAAAAAUAUCUCUGGAAUCUGAAGAACCAGCUCAGUCAUAGUGGUGUUUGAUUGCUGCGUUAUUCACUGUUGUCCAGCUUUCUGGUAUUUUCGGAGCGACAUCUUCUGACAUUUUCCGUUAAUUUACUUGAAUUCAUAAUUUUUAUAGAAAUGGACAUGUUGUUUUCAUUUUAAUUCACAUAUCCAUAUCUGCAGUAGCUAAGAUGAUGAGAUGUUCAGGGAGGUUCAUUAGGUGCUGCUUAGCCUUUAAAUAUCCAGAAAACUGAUGUCAGUUCAAUCAGUGCUUUGUUGUUGUUGUUGUUGUUGUUGUUUGUUUGUUUGUUUUCUUGGGUGAAUUUUGCCUGUUUCUGGUUAUUAUAAGUAUUGCAGUAUUUUGAAUGUGUGUGAAAUGUGGCAGGUGAUGGCCAAGUAUGAGGAGCUGUAUGGUCUGGCCCGGCUCAGGGAGCUCCUGGGUUUGGACCACAGUGCGCUGGGCUUCUGCUCAGAGACCAAGAGCUGUAGGAGAGAGGGCCGGCAAGAGCUCCUCAGCGCUCGAUGGAGUGCCUGUGAUAUGAAGUAUCAGAUGUGGAAACUGGGAGUUGUGUUCACUGACAGUUCCUUCCUGUACCUUUUCUGCUACGCGCUUCUCUCAGUGCUGGGCCACUAUAAUAGCUUCUUCUUCGCUGCUCACCUGCUGGACAUUGCCAUGGGCGUCAAAACACUACGCACCAUCCUGUCCUCAGUCACACAUAAUGGCAAACAGCUGGUCCUGACGGUGGGCUUACUGGCAGUGGUGGUGUAUCUCUACACUGUGGUAGCCUUCAACUUCUUCCGCAGAUUUUAUAACAAAACUGAAGACAGUGGAUCGCUGGACAUGAAGUGUGAUGACAUGCUGACAUGUUACAUGUUCCACAUGUACGUGGGGGUCAGGGCAGGAGGCGGGAUCGGCGACGAGAUCGAGGACCCGUCGGGAGACGACUUUGAGUUCCACCGCAUCGUCUUUGACAUCACCUUCUUCUUCUUCGUCAUCGUCAUCCUCCUGGCCAUCAUCCAGGGUCUGAUCAUUGAUGCGUUUGGAGAAUUGAGAGAUCAGCAGGACCAGGUGAGGGAGGACAUGGAGACGAAGUGUUUUAUCUGUGGCGUUGGGAGCGAGUACUUCGACACGGUGCCCCACGGCUUCGAGUCCCACACGCUGCAGGAACACAACCUGGCCAACUACCUGUUCUUUCUGAUGUAUCUGAUCAAUAAAGACGUGACUGAACACACAGGGCAGGAGUCCUAUGUAUGGAAGAUGUACCAGGAACGCUGCUGGGAAUUUUUUCCAGUCGGAGACUGCUUCCGCAAACAGUACGAGGAUCAGCUUGCGUAGAAGGUUGCUGUAAAUAUUUACAUGUGAAAGCGUUAACUCUCACAGAAACAUGCCAGCUUUGGAGAACGUUCCAGCUGUGGAAAACGUUCCAGCACACUUGCCAAUGCUGUGGAUGAAUACGGCUCCAGUCAUGGACUCAACCACUAGACCUCAUUAUAUCUGUGAUGAACUGCUGUCUGGAUUCUCUAGCAGGUGUUUUGUUUAUUUUGCUGUCUAUUGUUUGUUGUUUUGUUUAUUGUUUGCUUGUUGUACUGGCAAAAUUUACCGACGUGUCAUUGGUAUACACAAAGCUUAACAUUGUUGAUCUGCAUGCUGCCAAAUCCUGUGAACCCAGCAAAUGUUUUUAAAAAGGGCUCUGUGGUACUGGGGUUGUGACGAGCGGGUUCGUUCCUGCGUUUUGGUUCGUGUGGUUCAGGUAGUCCCGUGGCGUCUUUACGCAUGUUUGUUGCUGUUUAUGAAAAGUUUGCAGUAUUUUGGUUACAUGUUCCUGCAGCCUGUGUUUGUUUAUUCCUCAUCACGGGGUGUAGAAUCUCCACCCCUUCGGUUAAUCAGUCAAAUCCAACAGAAUCUCUUGACUGCAGAUUCUGUAGGAUUUUGCGGUCACACCCAUUAAGGUGAAGACCAGAUUUGGUUCAGAAAGUACAGCACAAUCACCCCUGUUGUAAUCUGCCCAGCGUCUUCCUGAAGUGAACGUUCCAAAUCAAAUUGGUUUCAUAUACCUUCUCAUUCAGUUCAUCUGCGUGUACAUAUUCUUCAUGUCAUCGUGUAUUGUAUUGUAGACCUUUUCUAAAGGAAGGGCAAACCUGUCAGAUCUGAGUGCCGGCGCCCUCUGCUGCUCAGUGUGAGCGUGCUGAAUGUAAGAGUCACGGAGAACAUCCUUUCAUAUUUAAAUUCAGACGGAUUAGGCUGUUCCAGUUCUCUGCUGCACCCCUCCCUCCCUCCCCUCUGGUUGAACCGUCUCCCGCGUUCCCUCUCUCUCUCUUUCUCUCCGGGUAUUUGGCAUCCAGCUCACACUGCCGUGUGGGCUUCCACCUUCAGCCAUUUCCCGCUCUUCACAUUCCAAAAUCAUUUUCCUGCGUCAUCUUUCUCCCCAAUUUUGUUCUUCCUUGUUCUUUUUUCAUCCCUUCUUCCCUCUCUCUAUAUAUCCUUCUCUCUCUCUCUCUCUCUCUCUCUCUCUCUCUCUCUCUCUCUCUCUCUCUCUCUCUCUCUCUCUCUCUCUCGUUGUCCUGUCUCUAUGGACUCUAGGCAUCAGCUAUCAUGAGCAUGAAAUUAAACAGUGAAAUGAACCAGCAUCUGUGUCCCUCUGCGGCCUCUCCGGGCCGAGCCGCCCUGCUUCCCACUGGCCCAUCCCACCAGCAAUCAAACCAAUCGAGUGUGUGUGUGCGCGCGCGCUGCUCCAUAAACCUCAUUAUCUGCAAGAAAAAGAACAUGACAUCUUAGCAUCUUAUUAUCUUUAUCUUCAGAGAGAGAAGGUGAGAUGGACGAAGCGACCAGGUUGCAUAAUCUCCAAAAACACGAGCUGCAGAUGUUUCUGUCUGUAGCAGGCAGAGCAGGGCUGUUCCCCUGAGGCUCUGUGUUCUGGUAUAAAUAAGGAUCACUGACCACCGUAAGAAAACACUCUUCUGAUUCGCUUUUAAUGAAGACAAACCACAAUGACCUAAAACUCCAGACCCCACAAAAAGGUAUGCACUUUCUGCUUAGAAUCUAUGACCCUUCACCAUUAAUCAACUGCUGGUUGUUUCUGUGUGUGGUUCGGAAGACGGUUCAGCCUACUGUAAGAUGAAUGACCACCUGUUGAGGAUGACGAUGGCCCUCCUUGACCACUGGUGUGCCCAUAAUGGCUGCCAGUGUGUGUGGGCGAGAAAGACUGGACGUGACUGGUGGAUGGCAGAGAGAUGGUAGUCUGGGUAAUGUGGUGUGUGGUUCAUACCCCUGCUGACUUCUGUCUGUUCAUGGUUGCGUCUCCUGUGUUUGAGGCUAAAGCAGUGCGGCACUCAGAAACGCAAAUACAUGCUUACAGAAGUCGUAACCAAUGAACUGCAGGAAUUUUAACCUUUGGAUUUCAUGCAAACGGAGUCCUUAGAAAAAACGAAAAAAGAUGGCUAAAAGACCUCCCAGCUAGCCAGGGCUAACCACACUUACUCACACUGUUUACAGAAAUGGAGUUGGUGCUAUGGGGUCUUACAGCAUCUGUGAUGGCCGCGUGCCACAGGGCAUGGAGCAAGAUGCACAGAUGUCUCCACAGAGAUGGAGAACCACAUCAAACUACCUACAGACACACACACACACACACACACACAAAACAUUAAACAUGAUACAUCUAACAGCUAACAUGAACAUGCACAUGAACAAUGACCCACAUCAAACUACCCCCCCCACACAUACAGGGGUUUACAUACAUACAUAACUGAAACAAAGUAGCACUGGCAGGUGUGUGAUAAGUUACAAACACGACACAAGUCAAAAUUAGCACAGUCAACAGUGAACUCCCAGUGUGCGUGGUGGGCCGUACCAUGUGAUCAGUGGGAAGGGGAGCAUACCGUGACAGAAUUUUAUUUUCUUUUAUUUUCUUUUUUCACUACACUUAGUCUUGCAUUGGCAUGAAAAUACACUCUCGAUGUGUCUGGCAGUUUUCCGGCUGUUACAUCCAGGAGGGAAACGUUUCAAAUGUAGAACCAAAAAAACAGCCAGAGAAAUGAAAUGCACGAUAGUAGCUUGAGAGAGAAAAACUGGCGUGAUUCAUUAGCACAAAUGCAAACAAUGUAUGUACCAUUCAGGCCAGCAGACAGCAGAAUCAGAAAUGCACAAGAAAUGGGGUGUGUUCACACAACUUUAUUCUCUCAAGUUUAGGCUUCAGAGAGAGAUUUCCACCACAUAGACGCCAGAGCAACAUCAAACAACUGUGAAGGCAUGUUUCCUAAUGUAAUUCAUCUGAAUAACAGAAUCUGAGCUAAAGUUUGGUCAGUGUUACCAUGGCAAUAGGUUAACCCAAGUUUGCUCAAUACACUUGCAAAGGUUGUCAAUUCCCUCCUGUUGAAAUACGGACAAAACUUCCACUCCUGGACGCUUUCUAGCGAACCUGGACCAAGUUCCCAGAGAAACCUCGGUAUGAGAACAUACUGAGAGAUCUUUCAGUUUUAGUUGUGUCUUGCAGUAGUUUGUGUGUUAAUAAAUAGAUUUAUUUUCACCAAGUUGUCUGACUUGAUGUCACGAACGUAGUUCCUCUCCACAGACUUUUUAGUUAACUGAUGUUUUGAGGUAUUUUGUUUAAUAGUUGCAUUUGGUGUAUUUGUUUGAUUUAGUCUCGUGGUGUCCUUUGCUGGUCUGCGUGUCACUGUUAUCAUAUAUUCACACCCAAUUUCAGUUCUUUCCCUGUUGUCGUCUGUUAAAUAAAAGAUCAUUUACUUCGGAGGAA